ACAUGUGAUGGCGGCGUACAUGUUGUUCAUUUAUUGAUCCGACGCCCGGUUUCCUCUCAAUAUGGCAAUGAAUAAAGUCAUCAAUACCGUUAAGCUUAUGCUAGGCGCCAGGUUUUCAGGCCAGAAUGUCACGCCACUGGGGACUCUAGUGCCCUGUCGAAACAAGUACACGGACUGGCGAAUGGCGCGAGAUGCCAAGAGAAGAAAAGUGGUCAAAGAGUACGCGCGUCUGAGGCUAAAUAUCAACUCCUUGAGGAAGAACGACAUCCUGCCGAAAAGUUUGCAGGAAAUUGCGGACAAGGAGAUCGCCGAGCUUCCCCUGGACAGCUGCUACACGCGCUUCCACGGCCGCUGCGUGAUCACGUCUCGGGCGAGGAGUUUCGUGCGGCCGUGGCGGGUGUCGCGCAUGAUGUUCCGCCACCUGGCCGACUACAACUACCUGUCCGGGGUGCAGAGGGCCAUGUGGUAGCCCCGCCACGUGCUGCACAGCCGGCCUGCGGUUGUUAUAGUUGUGCAAAUGCACAACUAUAAUUAGAGUAUUUUGUCGCUAAUUAGAGGAUUUGCUAAUUAGAGGAUUUUGUCGCCUUUAUAGCCCUGUCUUUGGCACCGCUGACUGUGCGCAAGUAGGGUGUCUCGUGUAGACAUUCCCAGUAAUAAAG